AUGAGGCAUCAGCUGGAAAUGAUUCAACACCAGAUGCAGGAGCUGCUGGGCCAGGGGCGCCAGGCAGAGUGGUGGAGACGCAGUCGGGGUUGGGACGGCCAGCAGUACGCCCCUCAUGCUCUGCGCCGCGCCAGGGUAGACAUCACAGCACUAUGGCGGCACAAGUGUCCCGGUAUCUACGCGAUGCCCGAAGAGACUGACAUAACCUACACACACGCCAUGAUUGUGGGGCCUCCAAGCACACCCUACGAGGGGGGAUUUUUCAUUUUCGGGAUCAGGUACGGGCCAGACUAUCCUUUUGAACCUCCCCGAGUUCGCUGCCUGUCCAGCUACCGCUACGGUAGAAUAAUUGAGCUACAUCCUCACAUCAACACCAACGGCGUCGUCAGCUUAGAUAUACUCAACACCUGCUCUGAUCACAAAUGGUCGUCGGCCCACUCCCUGACGUCGCUGCUGCUGUCCAUCCAGACCAUCCUCACUGACAAUGUCCUGUUGUUCGACCCUAAGCCAUCAGAGGGGGCCAAAGUCCUCUCAGAAGAUGUCUUCAUAUACGACAUGUAUGUUGCCCACCAAACUAUUUCCAUUACGGUGAUAAAAACACUGAUGGGCGCCAAGGCCUAUAGGAUACAUCCAUACAUAUUACGCGCCAUGAAGAAGGAGUUCUUCAGAAAUUAUCAAAAAUACUUAGAAAUCUGCCGUUCCUACCAGUUUUUCGACUUUAAAUCCUUCACUGUGCGCACUCACGACAGUAUCACGUUCAUCCCGCAUUUUGCUUUUCUCGCGUCGAUGUUACGAGACCUCCAUCACGACAGACAACUCCAAGCUGCUCGACGAGACGCCUUCAAAACAACUGUGUAAUUCCAUCGGGCAGGUCCAAGAACAAGCUGCUCGACGAGACGCCUUCAAAACAACUGUGUAAUUCCAUCGGGCAGGUCCAAGAACAAGCUGCUCGACGAGGCGCCUUCAAAACAACUGUGUAAUUCCAUCGGGCAGGUCCAAGAACAAGCUGCUC